GAGUCAUUAUUCUUACUUCAGCGAUCAGUAAGUACAUCGAUGUUGAUUACAAUACAUCAAUGAGUUUACGACAUCCGUCCGUACAUCCGGAUGAUUACGAAGGGGACUGUUAAAUAUUGCCAGUGCAUAUCAUGCAUCAAUAUUAUCACUCACAUACAUCAGGAUGGAGUCUAGUUUACAGUUUGUGUGGAGUAUGUUACUUAUACUAUUAGGAUUGGACUUACCGGGUUGUGUAGAGAGUCGUUUGUUUGUCAGUUACAACAGAGCGCGAACAGUGACGUACACCUCCUACAACAAAAGUCAAUAUGAUCAAGCAAACUCUCGAUUGAUGUGGAUCUUUGUUGGGUUUUUCUUUGGUUCCAUCAUUCUAGUUUUGUUAUGUUUCUUUUGCUACAUAAAAUUCAGAAGAAAGCCUUCAAAUGCAGAGCCUUCUCAGAAUGGAGUGGCAGUGGUAUCUACCGACAUACGAUAUGAUAUCAAUGCACCACCUCAAUAUUCCGAAUCAGUGGCGGCAGGUCAUCUCAAGGUCACAGACGAAACACUUCCGCCCCGAUACAGCGACAUCAUUAACCCUCCAUCAACGGGGGGUAACUCAGGCGCGACAUCAUCAACAGCUGACACUGCUGCUUGUUCUUCUGCUCUGCCGCCCGAUUCCCUCAGAUUACGAACGACACAGUCACAUGGAAGCGAAUCAACAGAAAGCGCAAGGGCUCAACAGCACGAGGAGACACGUCAUAAGGACGAGCCAGAUACUCCAACUCACGAUAAAGCCGGCUUAGUAGACAAUGAAGUAUUCGACUAAAUGUUAACGAUUUGUAUGUCUGCAAUGUAGAUAACGGAAUGUUGAUUAAGAAAACAACUGUGUAAAAUGUACCUUUCUAAAAAUAAAAAACCAGCCUCUUUUA